AUGCCGUAUCCUUUUAGGCUUCCGACUACUUCAUACUUUGCCUUUUCGUCCAGCUUUGGCUGUGAAUCUCACCCGUCUCUGCCCCUCAACGCCAGCACUCACCGCGGGGUAGUAAGAGAUACACUCAAGAAGCACAAGCGGCUGCCGCCCACCUCACAGCCCCCCAAUCUGCCGACCGUGGUCGCAAGCAUCAACAACUAUCUGCCAUAUCUCUUUACCUUGGAUGCAGCUCUCAGGCAGCAACCUGUCCAAAAGGAAAUCAUCAAUGCCAUCCCAACGGCUACGCCAGCCAUCCAGUGGAGACCGACGCUGUCUGAUAAUGCAGUGACGCGCAAAGAGCUGGCCAGAGUCAAGAUACAGUCUUUGGAAUAUGAACUCUACUUUACCCUGUCUACACUGGCCUAUGCAUACACCAACCUGGCACGUGCUGCCCUUUAUCCCCUGUAUGUGACGUCUGGGGCGCCAGUCGGUUCCGAGGCACGUACUACUGCUAUUCAAAAUGCAACCAAGCAUCUUCUCGAUGCCGCGUCUGUACAUGAAUUCACAGCUCAGCGAGCCCAGGGUAUGGUCACCAAUCCCCCAUGUGCAGACAUUUCAGCGUCCACCACAAAAGGUCUGGCUUCUCUGGCGCUGGCCGAGGCUACACUGUUGGCCGUCCUCAAAGACGAUCCAUGGCCAGCGGUAGUUGCACAAGACCGAAACAAGAACGACCGUGAAUGGAUGUACAAGGCACCAGAGAUUCCCAAGGUCAGGACACUAUUAUUUGCACGGUUGUGUUUGGCCGCGUCGGACCACGCUGCCACAGCAUCUGCUCUUUGCAAGGACUCGUCCAAGGGCGCUUUAAAGUUGAACGAUCCCUUGGUCCGCUACAUUAAUGACCUGCAAAAGACGGCUCGCGCCAAAGCAUGUCGCUUCUUUGGAAUCGACGCCGAAACGUCUGGAAAAAUAGGAGAUGCCUUGGGAUGGGUCGAGGCAGGUCUGCAAGAACUGGGCAUUGAGCCGCCCAAGGAUCCCAAGAAAGGCCUCAGUCUAACAAAAAUGAAAAAGGCUUGGACCGACAAGAGAGAAGAUGAAAAGGUUGAAAAGGCGACGGGCUGGGGAUCAGAUGGUGGCAGACUGGAGGAAUCUCGUGUUCUUGAAAUGCUUCACCAGAAAUGGACCAAGGUCAAUGACACGAUGAUGACACAAUCCAUCCCAGCACCAGGUACAUUACUUGGCACUAUGCCCUCUGGCCGAGAGAUUCAUUCCAUCAAGCCAUAUGUCGCACCUGAACUCGGCAAACAGACUAUAGAAGCUAUGCGCGCGCCUCCUGAUCGAUCAGACGACUACAAUGGAGAUGGAUCUAGUUCAGACGAUGAGUAUACAAUAGCAGUAGAGCCUGCAAUGGGAUCAGUCCCCGAUCACCGAAGCUCAAGCACAAGGUCAUAUUUUUAG